UGGAUACUUGGGAGUAGAGUACCUUUUUAUCUCAUAAUUUGUGUCUUGAAAUCUGAGGAUUCCACCAAGAUAAUAUGAUAGGAACUUUCAGUGAUUUGGGACCACAUUCCUCUUAGACUGGCGCAGGACUUGCAGGUUUCCUGAGCUUCUGGUACAGAGGCCCACGCUUCUUGUUAACUGCUGCAGACAGCGAUGCCAUCUUUGCCCCAAGAAGGGGUUAUACAGACACCUUCUCCUCUGACUCUGAGUACGGAAUUACCUUAUCAAAGCACCAUGAAAAGGAAAGUCAGAAAGAAGAAAAAGAAGGGAAUAAUUACAGCAAAUGUUGCUGGGACAAAGUUUGAAAUUGUUCGUUUAGUAAUAGAUGAAAUGGGAUUUAUGAAAACUCCAGAUGAAGAUGAAACGAGUAACCUUAUCUGGUGUGAUUCUGCUGUUCAGCAAGAGAAGAUUGCAGAGCUGCAAAAUUACCAGAGGAUCAACCAUUUUCCAGGAAUGGGGGAGAUCUGUAGAAAGGAUUUCUUAGCAAGAAAUAUGACCAAAAUGAUCAAGUCUCGUCCUCUGGAUUAUACCUUUGUUCCGCGAACAUGGAUCUUCCCUUCUGAGUAUACUCAGUUUCAGAACUAUGUGAAAGAGUUGAAGAAAAAACGGAAGCAGAAAACCUUUAUAGUAAAACCUGCCAAUGGAGCAAUGGGUCAUGGGAUUUCUUUGAUAAGAAAUGGGGAUAAGCUUCCAUCUCAGGAUCAUUUAAUUGUUCAAGAAUACAUUGAAAAGCCUUUCCUAAUGGAAGGUUACAAGUUUGAUUUACGAAUUUAUAUUCUGGUAACAUCAUGUGAUCCACUAAAAAUAUUUCUUUACCAUGACGGACUUGUGCGCAUGGGAACAGAGAAGUACAUUCCGCCGAAUGAGUCCAAUUUGACCCAGCUAUACAUGCACCUGACCAACUACUCUGUGAACAAGCAUAACGAGCGCUUCGAGCGGGAUGAAACUGAAGACAAAGGCAGCAAACGCUCCAUUAGGUGGUUCACCGAAUUUUUACAAGAAAAUCAUCAUGAUGUCGCUAAGUUUUGGAGUGACAUUUCAGAACUGGUGGUAAAGACUCUGAUCGUAGCAGAACCUCAUGUGCUGCAUGCCUAUCGAAUGUGCAGACCUGGUCAACCUCCGGGAAGUGAGAGUGUCUGUUUUGAAGUUCUGGGAUUUGACAUUUUGUUGGAUAGAAAACUAAAGCCAUGGCUUCUGGAGAUUAAUCGAGCCCCAAGCUUUGGAACCGAUCAGAAAAUAGACUACGAUGUAAAACGGGGCGUGCUGCUGAAUGCACUGAAACUCCUCAACAUCAGGACAAGUGAUAAGAGGAAAAACUUGGCCAAGCAAAAAGCAGAGGCUCAGAGGAGGCUUUAUGGGCAGAAUUCAAUAAAAAGGCUCUUACCAGGUUCCUCAGAUUGGGAGCAGCAGAGGCACCAGCUGGAGCGGAGGAAAGAAGAGCUGAAAGAGAGACUUGCUCAAGUACGAAAGCAGAUUUCACGAGAAGAACAUGAAAACCGACAUAUGGGGAACUACAGACGAAUUUAUCCUCCUGAAGAUAAAACACUACUUGAAAAGUAUGAGAACUUGCUGGCUGUUGCCUUUCAGACAUUCCUUUCAGGCAGAGCGGCUUCAUUCCAGCGAGAGCUGAACAAUCCUUUGAAAAGAAUGAAGGAGGAAGAUAUUUUGGAUCUUCUGGAACAAUGCGAAAUUGAUGAUGAAAAGUUGAUGGGAAAAACUACCAGGCACCGAGGACCUAAGCCUCUGUGUUCUAUGCCAGAGAGCAGCGAGAUAAUGAAAAGACAGAAGUACUACAGCAGUGACAGCAGUUAUGAUAGCAGCAGCAGCUCUUCUGAAUCUGAGGAAGAUGAGAAAGAAGAAUAUCAAAAUAAGAAAAGAGAAAAGCAUGUUACAUAUAACUUUAAACACUCUAGCCACUGCAAAUUAAUUCAACAAUCUAAUUCCAUGAGGCGUUCGGUCAGCUGCCCGCGGUCCAUUUCUGCUCAUUCACCUUUCAGAGGGGACACUCGGCCCUUUUCUGCUCAGCAGAUGAUAGCAGCGUCACGGCCAACUUCAGCCUCUCGGUCACAUUCUCUGAACCGGGCUUCCUCUUACACAAAACAGCCGCUGCACAGCACUGAUGCGGGCUCUCCCAGCUCACAGGUGAGCGAGUCUUUCCGGCAACCGAAAACCAAAGAACAAGAAGACGCUCUAACGAGUCAGACCUUAUUUGUUCUCAAGGACAUGAAGAUCCGGUUUCCAGGAAAAUCAGAUGCAGAAUCCGAACUUUUGAUAGAGAACAUCAUUGACAAUUGGAAGCAUCAUAAGACAAAAGUGGCUUCAUACUGGCUCAUAAAAUUAGACUCUGUAAAACAACGAAAAGUUUUGGACAUAGUCAGAACAAGUAUUCGUUCAGUUCUUCCACGUAUCUGGAAGGUACCUGAUGUUGAAGAAGUAAACUUGUAUAAGAUUUUCAACCGAGUUUUUAAUCGCUUACUCUGGAGUCAUGGCCAAGGACUAUGGAAUUGUUUCUGUGAUUCAGGAUCCUCGUGGGAGAGCAUAUUCACUAAAAGCCCGGAGGUGGUGACUCCUUUGCAGCUCCAGUGUUGCCAGCGCCUGGUUGAGCUGUGUAAACAGUGCCUGCUAGUGGUUUACAAAUACACAACAGACACCAGAGGGUCCCUCUCGGGCCUUGGUCCUGACUGGGGUAACUCCAGGUAUUUACUACCAGGAAGUACCCAAUUCUUCAUGAGAACCCCCACCUACAACAUGAAAUACAGUGCACCUGGAAUGACUCGGUCCAAUGUUUUGUUUACAUCCCGAUACGGCCAUGUAUGAAAUCAAAGGGAAGACUGCCGUAGGUUAUGCAUAAUAGUAACUCAUUUACUUCCUCAAGUUGCAAAUGAAAAGAAAGUGACCAUUAAGUGCUGUUUUCUGUAUAUAUGACAUGUAUAUGUGAAAAGACAUACACACAUUCACUCAAAUAACAUAUAUAUUUAUUAUAAUAUAUGAAAGAAUUAGCAGAAAACUGAAUAUAAGAGUUAGCCUUUCUGAAAAUGUAAUAAACUACAUUAAAUUGUUUACACAAA